AUGAGCUUCGUCACUCGCCGUGGUCUUUCCACCCUCAUCCCCCCAAAGGUCGCCUCUCCUAAGGCUAUUGGUGGCGCCCCUGACGCUCUGCGCAUGCAGCGUGUUGUCAGUUUCUACGAGAAGCUUCCUCGUGGUGCCGCCCCUGAGGCCAAGGCCAAGGGUCUUCUUGGUCGCUACCAGGCCCGCUACUUUGGCAAGAAGGCAUCUGCUACCCCUAUCAUCCACGCUAUUGUCUUCCUUGUCGGCAUUGGCUACGCCCAGAACUACUACUUCCACCUGCGCCACCACAAGAAUAACGCUCACUAG